AUGAAUCACCUAUCAUUAUCGACUGCGCGCAAUAUCGUUUUUGUGCCGAGGAAUCCGCCAUCGCAUCACUUCUAUCGCCCAUUCGAUACCAAAACUAAUGACAAAACAGGGCGUCUUAACGAGUACCAGGUUAUCGGGCGUCACCUGCCCACCGAGGCGAACCCCACGCCCAAGCUGUACCGCAUGCGCAUCUUUGCGCCCAACACCGUUGUGGCCAAGUCCCGCUUCUGGUACUUCAUGGCUUCUCUCCGUAAGCUGAAGAAGGCCAACGGCGAGAUCGUCAGCCUGAACACCAUCACCGAGAAGCGCCCCCUCAAGGUCAAGAACUUCGGUAUCUGGCUCCGCUACAACUCCCGCUCCGGUACCCACAACAUGUACAAGGAGUUCCGUGAGAUGUCCCGCACCGAGGCUGUUGAGGCUCUCUACCAGGACAUGGCUGCCCGUCACCGUGCCCGUUUCGGUUCCAUCCACAUCCUGAAGGUUGUUGAGGUUACCGACAACGACAGCAUCCGCCGCCCCUACAUCAAGCAGCUCCUCACCAAGGACCUCAAGUUCCCCCUGCCCCACCGCUCUGCCAACCCUGGCAAGAAGCUGUACGCUUACUCUCGUCCCUCCACCUUUGCUUAA